AUGAGCGAACCCGAUAUUCGACAGCGGAAGCCAACGGCUCACAAGAAAGACGACCCCCUGGUCCCUCAAGACGCUCAACCACGUUUGAAACAUGGGAUACCCAUGCAAAUGCUGCGCUCCUUACUCCUCGCAACGUGGUUCAAUUGCUGUUGUGUAAUCAUUCUGGUGACGCAGCUGGUCGGUUGUCCCCUGUACAUCAUCAACAGAGAAUAUUACUAUGCUUGGAUGUCAUCCACGAAACGAUCUUUUGGACUGGUGAUAACAGCUCUUACUGAGUGGGGCUGCCCUACAUAUGUCCGGGUCAGCGGCGACGAGAGUGUACGCGGGCACAUCCACAUUGCCGACGACGGUCGUCUGAAGACAACAUUUCCGGAGCGCCUUGUGAUGAUUUCGAAUCAUCAGGUUUACACUGAUUGGAUCUAUCUUUGGUGGAUUGCCUACUCAAACAUGAUGCACGGCCACAUCUUCAUUAUCCUGAAGGAGUCGUUGAAGUACAUACCUAUCCUCGGCCAGGGCAUGACGUUCUACGGCUUCAUUUUUAUGGCCCGUAAAUGGCUGUCUGACAAACCCCGCCUCCAACACCGCUUGGAAAAGCUGAAGACCCAGCAUAUAGGCUCUGAUUCGGGCGCUCCGAAGUACGACCCUAUGUGGCUCCUUAUUUUCCCGGAAGGAACGAACCUUUCCAUAAAUACCAAGCGGCGAAGCGAUGCGUAUGGAGCUAAGAACGGGUUUCCAUCCAUGAGGCACCAAGUUCUCCCUCGUUCAACUGGGUUGUUCUUCUGCUUGCAGCAAUUGCGGGGAACCGUUGAGUGGGUAUACGACUGCACCGUCGGAUAUGAGGGUCCUCCGAAUGGCAGUUAUGCCGAUAAGUAUUUCACUCUCCGCUCAACGUAUGUGCAGGGACGCCCGCCAACUUCUGUCAACAUGUACUGGAGGCGUUUUGCGGUUGCGAACAUUCCUCUUGACGACCAAGACGAAUUUGACGCUUGGCUAAGGGCCCGUUGGACGGAGAAGGAUGAACUGCUUGACCAAUACUUUGAAACCGGUCGAUUUCCGUCCGCCUUAGCCGGCAGCAUCGAAGUAGGUGAUGGUGAUGCAACGCAGUUGAAUGCAGCCGAACUUGGGUCCUACAACUCCUUUUCGACCGCGCUUUCAUCUCCGCGUCUCGAAGCUCGCGCUGCCAAUUGGACAAGUUCGCAUACACCCGCCAUGACCACCCUACAGAACGGAUAUUCAAACGGUGUCAAUGGGGAUACAUUCUCUGUGACCGGUUCUCCGGCCAAUCUUCGCUUUUCUGACAUCCCAUCUGCCAUUGACAUUCCUGCAUCCACACUCGACAGCGAGGUCGAAGUCAGUCUCGAAGGGCUUCCCGACGACCCUACCGAACUAUGCACGCUCUUGGAGAAUGAAAAAGCGGCGAAGAAUUUCUGGGUUAUCAUAGCGCUUGCCUACGCCAAACAAAAGCAGAUCGAUCAUGCGAUUGACAUCUUGAAUAAGGGUCUCGCAUCGGUUGCCCAAGGCGCUACUAAGGAAAAGCUGGGUCUUUUGGGAUGGGUAUGCUGGCUGUACUUACUGAAGAGUCGAGAGGCACCCCGGGUGGUGUCAGACGGGGGUCUAGGAACAGAGGCGAAGACCAAGGACUACUACAUUCAACAGGCUACGGGAAUUUUGAACGAGGCUUCGCGCCUAAACCCGUCCUUCCCGCCUCUAUUCCUUGCUCGUGGUGUUUUAUCUUUGUUGCGCGCCUCUUUACACCCCCCGCGAUCGGUUCGACCAGGGACUGUCGAUAACUCAGAACGCGUGGAAUCCUUGCGACAAGCUCUUAAGCAGUUUGACGAAUCGUCAAAAGCAUUUGGUGGCAGGAAUAUUAUGGCCAUUAUUGGACGUGCGAGGGCGCAUUAUCUACUCGGACGAUAUGCUGAAGCGCUGGAAGGGUACCAGAAAGUUCUAAUGAGGAUGCCCGGAUUGACUGAUCCAGAUCCGCGGAUCGGUAUUGGAUGCUGUCUAUGGCAAUUAGGCUUCAAGGAUCAGGCCAAGAUUGCCUGGGAACGUGCCCUAGCACUGAAUCCCGACUCCAAAGUUGCCAGUAUUCUUCUUGCGGUAUAUUACCUCUACGACAGCUCUCGACAUGCCACAACGGACCCGGCGUUCGGCUCCCUAUACAAGGUGGCCAUGACACAAUACACCCAGAAAUCAUUCAAGCUGGACAAGGAAUACCCCAUGACGUGCGCUCUGUUUGGCAGUUAUUUCCUGUUGCGGAAAGCCUAUUCCACUGUUGAUACCCUUGCUCGCAAAUCUAUUGAGAACACCGACGUCAUGCAAAUAGCCAGCGACGGAUGGUACCUUCUCGGUCGGAAAUGCCAUUAUGAAGGUGACUUUGCCAAAGCGGCGGAGUUCUAUAACCGCUCGGACCAGGCUCGUGGUGGAGGUGACAAAGGUUAUCUUCCGGCCAAGUUUGGCUCCGUACAGAUGCAGGUGUCUAACAAGGAUUAUGAUGGAGCCAAAUUCCAGUUGGAGAAGAUCAUCCAACAGACAAAGAAUCCGGAGUGCAUGAUGCUCCUGGGCGCCCUCAAUGCGGAGGAGGUCUUUACUGCGCUGCGCAGUGGAUCAAAAGAAGACAAGUCAGCCGAGGCCAAAAAGGCCAUCACUCUAUUCGAAGGCGUGCGCGCGCUAUGGAAGGACGAAAACAAAAAGAUUACACCGGACGAGUCCGUCUUAGUAUACCUCUCUCGGCUGUAUGAGCAGACUGCCCCGGAUAAGAGUAUGCAGUGUUUGACACAGCUGGAAGAACUGCAGCUAUCCGAAAUACCUGAUGAAGAACGCCCUGAGGGCCUCGAAGACGAGCAAGAAAUCAAGGCUGCACUCCGAUUGCAUCUCCCACCGCAGCUUCUCAACAACAUGGGUUGCUUUCUAUACCAGAGCUCGCAACUCAACUUGGCCCGCACCAUGUUUCAAGCAGCGCUAGACUCCUGCGUACGCUCGCAAGAGAAAGAGGGUGGAAUCGACCCAGAUGCGCUUGUUACAACGGUAAGCUACAACCUUGGCCGGGCGUACGAGGCGUCCGAUAUGCCUGACGAAGCAAAGAAGGUCUACGAAGGUCUUUUGGAACGACAUAGCGACUACACAGAGGCGAGCGCACGUUUAACAUACCUUGCUCUUCGCCGUAGCCCGACGGACGAAGGGCCCAAGAAGAUGGCAAAGCUGUAUGAGACUGAUUCAACCAAUCUCGAAGUUCGGGCUCUGUUCGGGUGGUAUCUCAGCAAGUCCAAGAAACGGGCUGCAAACAUUGCAGAAGACCAUGAGCAGCGCCAUCACAAGCAUACACUGCAAUAUUUUGACAAGCAUGACCGGUACUCACUAACGGGCAUGGGUAACGUCCACCUCCUGUUUGCCAGAGACAUGCGACGUGAUACAGACCAAGAGAAGGAGAAGCGGCGCAAAAUGUACGAGCGGGCCGUUGAAUUUUUUGACAAAGCUCUUCAACUGGACCCGCGGAACGUAUAUGCAGCGCAAGGUAUUGCCAUCGCCCUAGUGGAUGAUAAGAAAGACUUGAGCACAGCGGUGCAAAUAUUCUCUAAGAUCCGCGACUCGUUGAAAGAUGCUAGCGUUUACCUGAACUUAGGACACGUCUAUGCAGAGCUACGCCAGUACACGCGCUCCAUCGAGCACUACGAGGCCGCACUAUCCAAGGACCGGGCCCGCGACGCCCAAAUCCUCGCCUGUCUCGGCCGCGUCUGGCACUUGAAGGGAAAGCAGGAGAUGAGCCUCGCCGCCAUGAAGACGGCCCUAGACUACGCCCAGCGCGCACACUCCGUCGCUCCCAGCCAAUCCCACCUCGAAUUCAACGUCGCCUUCGUCCAAAACCAAGUCGCCUCUCUCACCUACAGUCUCCCGGAAACACAGCGGUCUGUGCAAGACGUACAGGACGCAGCAGAUGGCCUCCGUACCGCAGUUGGGACCUUUGGACGUAUCGCCCAGGUCAAAAACCCGCCUUACCCUGCUGAGUCUCUCGAGCAGCGCGCCAACAUGUCCAAGACGAUCAUCAAGCAGCUUGAGCGAGCCCUCCAAAGCCAGAAGGAAUACGAGGAGAAAAAUGCCGCUAAGCUGCAGCAGGCCCGCGAAGCCCGCGAGGCUGAGAUUCGUCGCCGGGAGGAAGAAGUCCGCAAGGCGCAAGAGGCCGAGCGCGAGAGGAAACAGCGAAUCGCAGAGGAACGCCAGCAGCUCGUUGAGGAGGCUCAACGGCUGGCCGCUCAGCGUGCAGAAGAGGAACGAGCCCGCGAAGAAGCGGAAAUGACUACCGAGUCCGAAACCGGCGAGAAGGUCAAGCGGAAGAAGAAGGCUGGCUCGUCCAAGCGGAAGAAGCAGCGCCUUGAGGAUGACUUUAUCAAUGAUGAUGAUGGAGACGCGGGGGCAAGCCGUAGCUCUGAACUCGAUGAGAGUGGCAAGGAGGAGGGUGCACCAAAGAAGCGGAGACGCUUGGAGAGGAGGUCGAGGGGUGCUGCUUCUGGUAGUGUAAGGUCCUCGAGCAAGUACAAGAGCUCAGAAAUGGUGGUUGAUUCAGAUGACGAUGAAGAACCCGCUGCUACGCUCGCCGGAGGGGCUGAUGAAGAGGAAGAGGAGGACGUUGUACAACGGCGCAGAGCCAAAGUGACGAGGCGGGUUGCUGACGACGAUGACGAGGAGGAAGAUGAGGCUGCUCCCGCGGCUGGUGGUGAUGACGAUGACGAUGGGGACUUGUUCAGUGAAAAGGAGGAAGACACAGAGAUGAAGGAUGGCGAGGAUGAGUAG